UAAAAAAUUCUUGUAAUGUAAUUUGGUCCAUAAUGCAAUGAUUAUACUUUAGAAAUAACGAUGUAUUGACGGAGAAAUCGUUAUCAACGGGGAAAGUAUUGGUAUUGCCUGGUCCACAAAAUAGAUUCACAGAAUUAGAAAUGAACGCUAUUAGAACGUUCUUAAAUUCUGGUGGACACGUUUUAGUUAUGCUUGGUGAAGGUGGCGAGAAAAAAUCAAAUACUAACGUCAACUUUUUAUUAGAAGAGUUUGGUAUAAUGGUCAACAAUGAUAGUGUAAUACGCAUGAGUUAUAGUCAGACAAUGCAUCCAAAGGAGUGUUUAAUUUCUCAAGGGAUGUCAAAUAAAUCAAUCUUCUCGAGAAAUCGCGAUGAAUACACGUAAACAGCUUAACUAUGAAAUUGAAUUAAUUGUUGGA